CCAACACCACCACGCUGUCACGUUCACUCGCUCGCGGACAGCCGUAACCCAGUGGACAAAGGACUAAUAGAGCUCCGGUAUUUGGUGAUAGAUUCAACUGCGCCAAUCAAAGCAGUAAUCGCGUCCGGCGCAUGCAGACAAAGAACGAGUCUGCCUUCUCGUGCUGAGGAGAUCGAAUCCAUCUUCGCCAUCGAGCGUACACCUUUCAUCUAUCGCCAUUAUGGGGAAAGAUCCUUUGGAGACUGCGAAGCAGCUCGUGAAAAUUGUUGUCCGCAUGUUCUAUGAGACGGAACAUAUCGUUCUCCUCGAUGCCCUCUGUUACCACGGCGCUUUACAUGUGUCAGACAUGGUCCAGAUUCUCGACGCUGGCAAGAACUCAAAAUACGUCGGAAAGCUGGUCGGUAGGCUGAAGGAGGCAGGCUUGUGCACAACCUACACCGAGCAAGUCAAGCGUGACGGCGCGACAAAACUCUCGAAUCGCGAGUGGUACUAUAUUGACUACCGUCGUGCCAUCGACUCCACCAAGUAUCGCAUUCACAAGAUGCACGAACGGAUCAACAAGGAUGCAAAACCAACGACGGAGAAAGCAGAGCUGUCGUGCAAGCGCUGCAAGUCUCAGUACACCAUGAUGGAUGUGCUUGAUAACCCCGAUUCCCAGGGCCGGGCAUCGGGCUUCUUGUGCCUCAAGUGCAACUUCCCGCUUGAUGAGAUUGACGAAGGCAACCAACAUGAUGCCGACGACACUCCAGCGAGAUUCAACAAGCAGUUCAAGCCACUGCUUGACAUGAUGAAGAUAAUCGACGAGUUGAAGAUUCCGUUGAUCGAGGGCAAGGAUGCAGUCGACACAAAGAUCGAACUGCCUCGCGACAAACUCAUCGAUCCUGGCACGAAGCUAGAAGUUGUCGAUCCAUCCUACACGAGACCUACAGCUGUCAAAGGGCUUGCUGCAGAGCCCGAGAAAAUCAAUGUCCAGAUCGCAUCCACAGCCGAAGAGAAUGAGAAGCAAGCAGCGGCAGACAGAGCUCGCCAGGAGCAGAUUGCGGCGCAGAACCAGCUGCCAUCGUGGCAUACUCAGUCUACAGUUAUCAAGGACGCUAGCGGGACCGCUGCAGGUAGCAGGCAGGAGACGAAUGGCACACGCGGGCCAGCAAUCAAGACGGAGCAGACCGAUGGCAUCUCCUCGACGCAAAAUCUUGAUGAUGUCUUCGCUCAGAUUGAGGCUGAGCGUCGCAAACAAGAACAAGAGGAAGACGACGACGACGACGAAGAUGAAGAUGACGACGAGUUCGAGGAUGUGGCUGUGGGUACCCCGAGUGAGCUUCCAGACUCCAAGCGUGUGAAGAUUGAGUCAUCGGCGGCGCCGACGCCCUCCAAUGUUGCGACUCCAGCCUCAAACGGCAACGGUGGCGAAGAAAGUGAAGAAGACGAGUUUGAGGACGUUUGAUUGUUUCAUUGCAUAGCGCUGGCGUCAUGGUUCGAUGGUGUGCUUAGAGUAAUGCUCACGUUCGGCGUUGGAUAACAAGAAAAACUACGGAUUGUUCUUUUGUCCUUCAGCAGCUAUAAAUACAGACAGACGCUUAUUGGAUUGUGUGCGAACGACUCUUGCACUGCAGACUACUGGUACCUAAUGUCAUCAGGGAGCUCAUGCGCACAAGCCACACCAAAGAGACAGCUAGCGACAUCCCACCUCAUCUCCCCGCGUGCUGCA